CGAUGAUUCGCGUUACACGCCCCACGCAUUUAUUAUACUUAUUUGUCAUUUUUAUUGCAUCCCCAUCCACUCUUAUUCAUAUUAGCUGCAAGGAUGCGUGUAGCAAGAAAACACUUAUCGGAAAAGAUAUUUUUUUUUCAAUUCACAGAUUAUCGCCUGUAACGUGACGCAGAGUGCGUCGAGUGAUCGCGAAAUUUUGCGAAGGAUUUAAGAGAUUAGUAGCUUUGAUCGCGCGUCUCACGCAGAUUCCCAGAUUAGUGCAUUAGCAUCGUUGGCACGCUGGAGUGAAACGUCAUCGUAUGGUGUGCGUGCACGAUUCUCGCAUUCAUCCAGGUUAUGUUGCAUUGUGUUUAUCGCUUGUCAAAUAUACGCAAAGAGAGCAACAAAUAGACGACAAUGUGACCUUCGACCAAUUGUGCGCGUAAACUAUCUCCCUUGUUGAAGUGUUACAUUGCACUGCAAACUGCAGACGCGUCAUAUCGCAAUGAUUUAUUUUCUAUACAACGUGAUGACGACGACGACCUGCUGAGUUCCAUGAUUUUAAUAAUAAUGAUAGCUUGAUAGAACGCAAUCGAAAUUCGUCAUGGCAAGUGCGAGGAGCGAGGAUAAAACUAUUUUAGAGGCAGAGACCAUUUUUCUAUUAAUGAAGAAAGGUUUUCCCAUCUCUCGCAAUGUAAGAGCUCAAUGGCUGCUGGAACAUUUGGAUUCUGUGAUAAGCGUACAGUGUCCAAGUAUAAAAAAUAAAGAGAUACCAGAACUAGAAAUAAUAUCAGUGCUACCAAAAGAUAAGCCUCCUUCUUGGUCUAUAGAUACUAGCCAUCAGUUUCUUUAUAAAGUUGUUUCAACAACUUCAAUUAUAUUUCUGGCGCACAAAUACAGGAUAGUUUUUAGUUUAGAUUUAAGCCCGUCGCUUGCCACUGUUGACAUACAAAAUGGAGAGAUUGUUAUUGAUGAGGUAUGCUUGGCAACAAAGCGGUGUCUUGAGGGUAUAACUAAACCAUUUACGAUACCAGGCAGCAAGCGUAUUAUGCAACCUGAGAUUUAUGUGACUGUGAUAGCUCAUACGCCAUUCUUCACAACCCCAGCACAACAGGUAUUAGUACAAGGAUGGUUGAUUACUGCAGAUAAUGUGAAUUCUCUCACACAAUAUAUAGAGAAACAGUUGUACCUGUUGGAGGAGAGAGUGGCAACUGUUACAUCUAUAGCUAAUCAACAGUUGGAAAAUUUAAGAGCCGAGAGUGAGCGUUUGGUAGGAAGGCUUUUUGAAGAAAGUAGCAAUUGUUUAAAUAAAAAUAAUUGUAAUAUCUCCAUAGUCUCACCGGAAGCCAGUUUUGUAAAUAUGCUGAGAUACGGAAUGCUGGCUCUAACGCUCUUACCCGAGCACAGCUGUGCACACAUGAUAAUAGUCACGGACGGUAUCAUUGGAAUCAAGAACGCUCAAACAUUAGAUUCCAUUAUACAACAGUUACGCGCGACAACGGUCGCGUGUAGCUUUUUAUGCGUAGGUAGUACGUAUGAUCCACAUUGUGCGGAUGGUUUAGUGCCAUAUCAAGAUUUAUUAUAUUUUAUCGCCGCGGCUACACUCGGUAGCUAUAUAUCCUUCACUUCGUACAUUGUACCUGCACAUGCAACAGAUAUGAAUUUUUAUCAUAAACAUUUUUUAUGCUGGCGAUUAUAUCGGGAUGUAUUUGAUGAUACAUCAAAUCGUCACUCUUGUUGGCGAACCGAAAAUAAUUGCUUUCAUGGACAUAAAACUGGUCAGCUCUUGAGGAAGAAACAAAUCGAUGAUAAAGUUACUUGUACCUUAAGCAGUUUGCUAUGCUGUCGUCUAAGAGAAGGAUACUUGAUAAAGAAGGCUAGUGUACGAGAUGACAUUCUUGAAAUAAGUUUCGUGCUGCUAUGGAAAACCAAUGUUUUCUUGGAAUAUCUUGUAACGUGUCCUUGGUCCACAAAAUCAUUGUCUCUAUCUAAUGUGAUACAAUAUACCAUUACCAUAGAAGCACCAUAUGAAUUUUUACAUGAUAUUACAUGCCUAUCGAAAAAGCCGUUGAAUUCACAUUAUCGUCAAAGUGUCAUUUCUCGUUUUUGGACGGCGUUAACGUCAUUAACCGAAAGUGACAAUAUGUUAGCGCACUUCAGCUGGUUUCCAGGAUCUGGAUGGACUUGGUAUAGCGUACCAGAUACUAUCAGAAGCGGGAUGCCAGUGUUUUACUUGUCGUCUUAUCCAUCACCAAGUACAGUACAACUUAGUGACGCUGGCUGCCCGCAGUUUGGACAGAUAUGGCAACCGGUCGUCUCCUUGGAUCCACUUCAAUGGGCGCGUUGGAUGCACACUCAGAGGAUCACGUUGAUCCUAGCUUAUGAUAGACCUUUGCCGAGACAUCUUCACCAAGCGAACCAGAGUGGUCGUUUCCAAUGCGUGCAAAGUCGGCAAGCCGCGGCUGUGCUAUAUGCUAUGCUGAAGAAUUGGGCGACUUUUGUGCUAGUCGAAAAUCAUACGUAUGUUCAAUUCAUAUAUAGAGAAGCAGAGAAACCGCCAGUGUCAUUCUCAUUGAUUCGUAUCAAUUGCAAAGCACUCUGUGUUGUGCUUAAUAUAGCGUUUGCUGGCGGCACCGAGGGUGUCGUCCGCCACAAUGUAGUUGUGGAUCUCGUAGACAGAUUAUCUAAACUCACAUUGCCGAAUAGACCAACGGAGCAACGUGAGAUUCCAUGUUGCACGAUAAUACAUAAAUCGCUCGAAAGAAUUCUCGUAAGAUACGAGCGUAUACCGAGCAAUCUGAGUAUGGUAGUAUUUCCCGACGGGACUCAACCGACCUGCACUAGGACUGCGCUGGGACUAUUAGGAAGUAGUUUAACAAUCACCUUGUCCAGAUAUUUAUAUCACAAUCGAUGGCUGUGGCACGUAAAGCGGCCGUUUGUUCAGACUAUUCCGGGAAUUACUUUACCCAGAUUAAAUAUCACUGCGAUUGCGAGAAUACUCUCUACAAUUACAAAAAUACGUUUGGGUGAAGGCUUUAAUUUUGCGUAUUCGGCAGCUGGUAUCACAAAUAUGGUGCUGGAGGUACAAAUGCAGGGCUUCGGAAACGACGAGAACUUUUAUCCAUGUAUUAUUCAAUAUGUUUUGUUUCCGCCUCACGUUGUGCCGAAUGCGGCAUUAGAGCGCGAUAGUGGCACCGAAGAUGACACAGAAGAAGGUAUCGGUGAAGCGGAAGUGUGGACUGAAGAUUCUGAAGGUUACAGCGAUUUUCAGAUUGUUACAGAGGUUUGGGUUGAGCCUCAAUGUGGCUAUGUACAGAUGCCUACACAGUCGACUGCCAUAUAUAUGCAUCCUUUGCAAUAUCAUCAAUUACCCGAUGCAAUCGCCCGAAUAGACGAGGAAUGUAUUAACGCUUUGUUGACCUUAGAAUACUUGAGCCUUUUGUGCCAAGUAACACCAGCGGAAAAAGAUACCGAUAUCGUAUUUGGGCAAGCUCACCAAGGAAUCAGAUAUCACGGCGUUAUGGGCAUUUCUACGGAUCGUAUUUCGGAAUGUCCUAAUCCGAUUGAGCCUUUGGAAGCGAGGCCGAUCAUCGAUGAGAGGAUACAUCCAAUGUACUUUUCGUUCGACACUCUGAGCAUUUUAUCAAAAUGUCAGCAGGCAGAACUCUUGUUCUCGAUGUUCGCUGAUGAUUCGGUACAUAUCGACGAGGAUAGGGAUAGCGCGAACAGAAUUCUCAUGGGAAACUUUUUGGAGCAUAUGAAACAGUUGCAUAAUAAAGAGUUAUUGUUAACGUCGGCGGAAUCGCAGAGAUUCACCAGAAUGCUUCUUAGUAGACCUCGUGAGAAUAAUUCACCAUUGCCUUUUUUCAUGCAAGGAGAGAAAAACUAUAAAGAUGAUGCAUCGGAUAUUUAUCCGAGAUGGAAGUGUUUCGUUAAGGGAAUUAGCACGACGCAUGUUAUUAUCACGAUAUUACCGGCGACUGAGAAAGAUGUUCGUUUGAUUACGUAUACAGGCGAUAAUUGCACGAGUAAUAAUUCCGAGAAGAAUUGCAAUUCUGAUAUUUUCGAUCUUGAUAUAAAUGAAAAGAUAUCGUCUCCAACAUCGUAUGCAAAGGAUACAAAUUUACCCGACUUCCUGACGUCAGAACGCAGAGAAUCAAAAAGUUUUAAUCAACAAUUCACUACGAAAGCUAACGAAGAACAUAAUUUUGAUAAUGCCGACAAUGAGACGAGUCUUAUUAUUCCUGUAUAUGUGUAUGAUUGUUCGCUAGCAUUAUUAAUCGAUGCGCUGGUCGGUCAAUUGCAAAUGCCUCAGAAUAAAGACAUCUAUCAGGAUCAUACUUUUAAAAUUGGCGAGCAAGUUUGUGAAGAUUUUAUUAGUCUUAAAUCAGAAAGCAACACGAAGCCUUCAUCCCCUGAACCAAAGAGCGAGGAUUCUGACAAUAUUUCUAGCGAUCAACGAAGUUUGAUGGAGCAUUGUAAAUUGUUGAGCUUGGCACAUUGUCAUUGUUACGUGGUUGCGGUUUACAAAUCACUGGCAUUACAACAAUCAUUAAGCUAUGAGGAUAUGGAGUCUGCUGUAGCGCAGUGCGAAGAAAAUCUAAUCGAGAUCAAUAUUACAAAUUAUCUACGAUCGGUGUGCAGACAUUUAAGCAUGUUACCGGAAGACAGUCUACUCGAUCAAUUAAAGAUCUCUGCGUGUAACGACGUUAAACCAUUACAUAGUUUGAUUAAAAACAAAUUUAAAAGGAUUAUGGCAGUUGCAUUUAGACCUGUACCUGCGCAUCCGGAAUUUUAUUACUGUUUACCAUCGUGGAUGUCAGAAAAAUUGGAAGUGGCAUCGCAAAGGACAGAUAGUGAUGAUGAUUUAGAUGAAUUCACAUGUCAUUCUGAAAUGCCGGCUCCAAAGACAGAUAAUUCUUCUAAUCAAGUAAGCCAGGCUGUCAAUAUUACAUGGCCAGCCACGAAUCUUCAUAAUGAGAAACUUUCUCAUUGUAACUCCAAAGAUUCGCUUACAAGCGAUUUCGAAGAGGAAAACACGUGGAACACAAAGGAUCAGCCGCUCUUUCUACAUCUAAGUUGCUCAAUUCGUUUCCACUCCGAGCUUUGUAGUAUACCUGUUAAACUGAUGCCUACUUGUUUCACCGAGAUUAUUCAAAAAAUAAAUGACGGCAAGGAGAGGAAUCUCGCUGACUUAAGUCCGAACGAUCUGAAAGCCACUUUGGACAUCAUUUGCUUGAACCUCCCGAAAGAGGUGUUGGAAGUGUCGUUGGAACGUUAUCCCGCAUUGAGAACAACAUCUUAUUGCAGCGGUUCGCCGGUUGAUAGCAUGCCAAGCGGUAGUAGUCCGGAUGGGAACGCGAAAAACGAAUCGAUGCAGGAGAGAAUACCGCAACCGCCUCAGCAUCAUGCAGUAAUCGGCUUAAAGGACGAGAUCGAAUGGCUGCUGCGAGACGAGACCGCGACGGCACUUUUGGAUCAUCCUUCGCCGAGCGCAGACACGUUAAGAUUCAUAGCGCGACAUGUGUCGGAUUCUAUCGGAAAAUCCAGUUGUUUGAUGGAUAAAGUACCUUUACACUUUGUCUUUUCAUCCGAGAGCAGCGCGCCCAAAUUUUUGAAAGAAUUAAAAAGUCUUGUGCUUGACAAAUAUUGUAUUUAUCAAGAAGCUGAUCUAUUUUAUUUCAUCAAAAAACCGGAAACAAUAGUACUUGAUACAGAAGCAGACACAUUACAUGUAGACGUAGAAGAACCGGAAGUAAAAGAAGAUAAAAUUUUAUUUUUUGAUUAGCAAGAAGAAAUAUCAACAAUGAUUCAAAUAAAUGGUCAAGACUCUGGAGAUCCGCCAGGUUAUUAUUCUGAGAUAUCGAGUAUAGCCGAAGGAAAACACGGAACGGAUGAUGGAUACGAGGGUGACAGUAGCAAUUCUGACGACGAUUAUCAGUGGCUGAUAGAACUUGAUAAGCGCAGAGAUCGUUUGCCCAAUUUCUGGCUAAUUUUAAGCGUCGAAAGUAGUCAUGUUAAUGUCUACUUUCACUGCAGAUUUUUGGAACUUUCCUCGCCAGAAGUGGACUGUUAUUUGCAAAUACAGAAAAUGUUACUCGCUCAAAUCAAAGCUAUAUGUCGGCGAGUAAAUCAGUAUUUACUUUUACAAAAUCUUCAUGAUACUCGCAUAUGUGAUCUACUGUUGGAACCUGAAUCAACCGAAGAUUAUAAUACUUGGAGAGGAGAAAGCAGCGGUGAGUCUGGAAAUCUUUUUCAGAAUCAUACUUCUUUGACUUCUUCGAAUGUUACACCAGGCAUGUUCAGAUGCCCCGUCAUUUGGGAAGAACCUUUUAAUCUUCAUCCCCGCUUAAAGACUGGGCCUGGGAGAUCUGGGUUAUCGAGAGGGAUCAAAGCUCUACAUGGUGUAUUAAACAGGCUCUCCGUUAAUAAUCGAAACAACAUGUUUGUAUAUCAGGAGAAUAACGAGAAUGUAUUUUAUCUGCGACUACACGAGCAAACAAAUGACGGGAAACCUCUACAGAAUAAAUUGUCCGAGAGCGAUGAAAAGUUGGUCGUCUCGCGCAGUAACAGCGUUGCGUCCUUAUCGCAAGCUAAAGGUAUCGGCAGUCUAACGAACGAUCAUGUGAUAUCGAAUGAUACUCGACCUAGGGUUCGUUCGUUUGGCGAGAAGGAGUCCGAUAUCUUGAACAGAUCCGGUGAUUCAAUUAUUCUGAUGGUACAUGGAAUAUCGGAAGCUGGUCCGGAAGUCAAACGGGACUUGGUGCAAGUAUUGCAAAAUCGUCUCGAUGAUGCGGUAUUAGAGGUGCUAUCCGUAAUGUUGGCGCGCAAUCCGAUGUGUAAAUUGACACCGGCGGAUGUGCACUUUAUACAAAAACCAUACAAGUCUCCGGAAUGUAUAGUUCAAUUGUCAGUGCAACCACAUUGUUUACCAUAUAUAAAUGCUUUAGGAUAUUAUCUGAGACAAAAUAUACUACAAUUUUUAUAUAUACCGAAAUAUACAGAUCUUGGCACACACUAUCACUUCCAGGAUUAUUCUUCGCUAGAUGGUAUUAGAAGAAGGGUAUCCGAAUCUGACAUUUUUUUGUAUAAUCAAAGUCAUUCGAGUGGGAGUAAAGGUAUAGCUUGCAUCGCGUUAGCCAUCAUCGAUGGCAAAGGAGAAUCCGUAGUGGAUGAUUACAAAUCGAACUUUCUUAAAUUAUUCAGAGUCGAAAAUUUCGAAAAUAUUGUAUCAACUAACGUUUAUGACCAUAAAAGCGAGUUUAAACCAAACGCAGAAGCAUUGAUCGAAUUUCGAAUUUGGAAACAAGGUAGAGUCAAUCUGGAAUCCUUAAUUCUGAAAUUGUCGUCUGCUGUGAAACAUGGCACUUGGGACUUGGUCACAGAAUAUAAUUUGCUAGCUACACCAUUGACGGAACCAAUAGCUGCCAAUUCUUCACUGGUGAUUACAGAAACUACAGUGAAAAAUAAAGAUGCACAAACGCCUUUAAAAAUGUCACAGUCACAGAAAGAUGUUAAUAAUUUGACGAUUAAUCAAUACGAGCUCGGCGAGGAAGGAAAGUUGAAUGAGAUUUAUCACACUACACUAGCGCAAUGGUUUCAGUUUGCACUAGAAAUGGGUGUUCCUGCUGUCAAGAAGCACGAAAUAAUUAUUCACCACAGACAUGCGAUUCCUGUGAUCGUGAGAGAAUUACAGAAUCUUAUACGUUGUCAAGAUCCAGACACAUCUAGUAAAGUUUUCAUUUUGCAAGAUCGACAACCAUUCCUGAACCAAUACGUUGUCUUACAUAAAGCAUCCAGAUGGUUUGAAGAUAUUCGGAAUAGCUCAGAUCAAUCGACGGCAGAAAAUACGAACCAAAAGAACAUGAAUUCACCCAUCUAUGUGCCGCAUGAAUUUAAUAAAGACGAACAAACGACUUACAUCAAAUGUAUUUUAGUUGCAAGAAAUUUUCAUCAAUGGAAGGCAUCUUUGAGUAAAGAAAUAGAUCCGGAAUUGCUUGCUCCUAAAGAUCAAAAACAAUUGCAAAAAUUUAAUCCCUUAAUAUCGGAAUCGAAUUUUGUGCCUAGACAAAGGAUAUUGCUAGCUAAAAUAUCAAGUGAUAAUAUAAUUAUCUAUAUGUACAACUGGUCUAAGGAGAAAUCGGAAAAGUUAAUAAAACAAGCAACGAAUUUAGGUACGUGGCUUUCUUCUAGGUCGAGUCUAUUCACCAACAUAAUUAUGCAAAAGUUGGGUAUAUUUCAUCACAAACUCAUCCGGGAACCACAGCAGAGAGAGCACAGUUCUCAGUAUUACCAAAUCAACGAUAUGGAAAAUCUUGCGAAAUUUCCAAGUCAGUCGACCGAUAAUAAAGAUUGGACGCGAUCAAGCAACCGGGCGCAACCGACGAAGAACAACGCGUUUUCCUGGGUUCAAGUGGUCGGACAAGCGAUGCGCGAUGCGAAACCAAACGUUCCGCAUCCUUAUAACACAACAGACGCGAUCGUCAAGGCUGCUUACGAUUUACAGGAUUUGCGACAUCGGGAAAAGAAGAUCAAAGAGGACCUGGAAAAAUUGUACGCAAUGUGGCAGAGUCGCACGCCCAACAUAUCGCUGAACGCUUUGAACACGUUCACGCAACAUUCUCGUCUAAUACAUUUUUGCCAUACGCCUCUCCUCUUUUUACCAGCCUGGCGCUUGCAGUCCGCCGCCACGAGAGAUCAUUCAUUGACGCCGUCACAAGCAUCGUCUAGUUUUAGUAUGAAUGGCAACGUGUUGCAUCAACAAUCGCUGCAAGUAGCGCAGUCGAGACAAGAAGCGACGAAUGCGAUUAUGAUAAAGUGGCAUCAAGAACUCUGCAAAUCGAUGUUGUCCGAAUAUAAACAGUAUCUGCAGAUCUUGGGCUUCAAUCCGAUCCAAGUGGAGUCGCCGCAUAAAACAGACGAAGAGCGUGCACAGCAGCAAUCUUAUUACCUCAAAAAGUCGAUGUUGGGCGGCAUUUUAUUGUUCGAAAUCCACUUGUCGCAACCAUUUUUUAUCGUCAAAUUGCACAUCAUCGAGUGUAAUCGUUUGCAAACGAAGACAAGUAGCGGUAUGGUGAACCAGUUUGUAUUAAGCUUCGUGGACGUUUGCGACAAGAUUCAAAUCAAUAUGCAUUUGCAUUCGUUUACGUACGAUUUUCAUUUGCGUUGUAUUCAUUCUUAUAUUGCUGGAACUGGACUGUGGUCCUUGCAACAAGGUUAUCACCUCACUCACUUCAUGGAUGACUUUAUUAAAUAUUACAGUAAGGCACCGAAUUAUGCCAGGAACUUGAUAUAUAGCGACGUAAUAACGAUACACAAUAUAGCGAUACCAGCACGUACGUUAUUUUCGUAUUUACUUUCACACGAGAAAGAGUACAGUAUGCGCGUAUUCGUAAUGUCCGACGAGCUCCAAGAAUCUCACGACAACGAAUACGUCUUAAUUAAAUUGCAAAGUACUCCACUGGUUAGUUAUUGCGACGCUCAUGAUACCAGAUAUACUGACGACUUUGAUGUAGCGCUGAUCGUGUCACGUGUGGAGCAAUCGCCGCAACUGGAAAAGACUGAGAUCACUUUGAAAUAUUAUUUGAUGCUGACGAGCAAGAGAGAAUUGUAUCCGAAAAGAGAGGUGGAGAACAAUAAGUUGGGUAAAUUUAGAACUGUAUAUAGUGUGGGUAAGUCCACAACCGGAUCGUAUACAGAGAACUCGAUGGUCGAGUCUAGUUCGGUAUUGCAGAUACCAAAACCAUUCAUAAGAGACAAUUCCACAACGGAAAUAUGCAUCGAUCAGCAGGAGAGAACAGUUUUCGAUUCAAAUGGCCCGACUAUUAAAGACAGUGAUGUUAAAAUGGCGAACUAUAAUAUUCACAAUAAUCUGGCGCCCACGCCUCCACCGGUUCCGAAUUCUCCCCUAGCGCAAAACUCCAAUGUCAAUUCAUCAUCGUCAUCGUCGCCGCACUUGGUGCAGAUUCGUCAGGAAUCGGUCAACUAUCUCGGUUAUUAUUCGUCGCACGAACAGCUCAUGCAACAGAUGAUCAUGUCACAGGCGCAUGCUGCCCGUCAACAUAUAACAAAUAUGGUGGAACGCGGCGCAUUGCAGUGUCGAACGCAUUUACUUUGGGAUAAACUUUUGGAAAAUAAGUCUUCGAUGACAUAUACAGAGUUCAGCGAACUUUGUUCGUUGGCUCAUAUAGAACCCUUGCCAAAUCUCGACCCUAGGCUUGGUCCGCUCGUCAAUCAACCUGUCUCUUGGUAUCAAGCUUUAUCCAAAGUGUUACAAAAUAAAUAUCAGGAGCAUCACAAACAGUUUAUCACGUCUGAUGGAAACGUUACCCAUCAUCUUAUAUUACAUCCGACUCUUCUUCAAGCGUUCAUGAUGCUGACUAUCGAUUUGCAUACAUCGAGAGGAGACUUAUGCGCCGUUUACCGGAAAUCCACAGAAAUCAAUAUACCGAUGAACAUGGAAGACGUUUAUGCUCUAGUCGAAGGUUUUGUAAAUGCUUGUUGCUUCCACUUGUGGAUGGGCCUUUGCAGCCAGUGAUAACACAUUCCGGUCGUACAAUGCGACGAGAACAUGCAUUGCUUCUGAAAUUUUUGAUGUACUUAUACAAAAAUGACAAUGGGCAGUGUGUAUCAUUUACUGAUUUAGCAAAUUACCUUCUAAAUCGGCACAUUAAUUAUUAAAAUUAUGGAUUAUUACACGACGUUGUAAAUAUGAAAUAUAUAUUUUCAUGUUACAUACAUUAAUUCUCAUGUAGUUAAUCUUGAUAAUAAUAAUAAUUUAUUCGAUAAUACAUAAAAUUAAGCUAUCUUAAAAGGAGACUAAGAAUUGUAAACGCAGCAUUAUCAAUUAAGUCUAUUCUCAGGAAAUUCAAAAGUUAGUAUAAUUAAGGACUCUGUGCAAUAACAAAAGAAUGCAACUUUUUUUUUAUAAGAAAUACAACAUUCACUUUAUUCUGCGAUUCCUAAUCAAUAAUUCCCUAACAAUUUCGUAAGGAGCUCAGUAACUACAUAAUAACGGUGCCUGUGUACGGUGUUUCGCCAAUAUUGUCCCGUUCGAUGUGUUUAUAAAGUAAUGUCUGUUCAACUGGAAACUUUAUUUCGUUUAGAUCUCAAAAGAAAAAAAUUACACUUGUUUAACAUCACAUUUCGAAUGAUUAAUAUUAAAAUGAUAUUUAAUUAUCAUUAAUAUUAAGAAUUAGUCAUAAUUAUUAAUACUAAUAGUGUACAACCAUACAUUUUUCAAGGGAAGGAUAGCGUUCAUAUUGUUGUUGAAAUUUUUUAGUUAGGCUCAAUAUCUCUCUCGUUCGCUUG